GUGGUCGCCAGCAGGAGUACAACUAACAACACAACCAGAACUUCGCCGAUAACACCCUGCCUGCAUUGAAGUCCGGAGUUGCGCUUUGUGGCUAGUUUCAGGUACACUAUAAUGGGCAUGCUGUAGCGCUGUAGGUGGGCUCAUUGGGACCAGUUUGGAUCCAGUGGUGCUUCCAAGAUUCCCGUCACCCUCUGGCUUUUGCCAUGGACUUUUUUGACGACCCCAACCUCUUUGUUGAAGGUUUGGAAGGGCUGGAUGAGGAUGGCUUUGCUUCAGCACCAUCGCUUGUGGAUGAGCUUAAUCUCAGUGCUGACUUUGAACCCCUUCAAGUGGAGGCACUUGGUCCAGGAAAGCAUCAAGACAUGAUGCAAUCAAUCUCUUCCCAACAAGCUUUGCCCAGUUACAGCCAGCCGAUGGGUCAUUACAUAGGUAUCAAGGCACAGAGUCCCAUGGAGCAGGCAUUUUCUGGUCCUCAGAGCACAGGAGGUGGCAUGAUUGCAGAGCAACAUGGCCAAUACCACAAUGUCACCAUUAGUCAAGCACCUCAAUCCAAUGGCCUGUUCUGUAACAGUGGCAGUCCAAUGUGGGGAAACCAAGACCAGAAUGGAAAUGUGUUUCAUCCCUUAACUCAACAGCAGCAGCAUCAGCAACAACAGUUUUGUCAUCAGCAACUGCACAACCAGCAACUUCAUGCCAGACAACAUGCACAGCAGCAACAUCCCUCUUGCCAUCAUCCACAGGAGGAGCAGCAGCGCAGAAUGCGACAGCUGCAACAGCAGCAAAGUCAUCAGCAACAGCUGUUGAACCACCACCAACAAAUUAACACACCGAAUGUUUCCUUGCAGCAGCAUCAGAACUUCUCCUUUCACCAUGGAGGUCAAUCCAGCAGCCAGCAGCAAUUACAGCAUUCUCAGCAGCAGGUUCAGCGCCAACUAUCUGUAAGAGAACCACAGUUUCAUUCAAGGUUUAUUUCAAGUAAGUCUUAUUUGGAAAGUCAGAAUGUCUCUCUGAGUGGGACUUGCCUACAAACGCAGCAGCAGGGCAGCUACCAGAUGGCUAGGAGAGGUCAAGCCUUCACUGGAUCAGGACUGCAAGACUCUGAACUAUCAUUCCCUAUGCAUUCAUCAUCAAUAGUUCCCUCCCUGUCUACAUGCUCUGUCAGCCCUACUAAUGCUUACCAACCAGCUCAGUACCCUUCCUACCCUGGAGAGUCAGAAAUACCCAGCCUCAGUCAGCAGUCUUUAUCCUCAGCCUCAGUAUCAAGGCCCACAACCACCAGACCACUUACAUCUACAGUGCCUGAACUAUCAGUGACAGCAUGCCAGUUUGAGUCUACAGCUCUUAUGAGUCAGCUACACACUAGAACAACUGUUAGCCAGGCAGAGGAGUGUCCCUUCCGAGCCCUGCGCUGUUCUGGAGAAACCCAGGGAAACUGCAAGUCAUCAGAGAUGUUUGGUGGGUUAAUGAGUUGUUAUCCCAGCAGUGCUAGCCACCUGCCCUCUGAGCAGCCUCAGAACUGCGGGGCUAUCAACACUAAUGGAUACCAGGCUUUGGGAGACAAUCUUCUACCAUCAGAAGACCGGGAUGGAGACUUGGAAGGCCUGGAGCCUCCUGACCUCUUACCUGACUUACUUCCCCAACUGGAGGAUGCUUUCAAGCAACAGGAUGAAUCCAGCGUUUCUUGGAUUGAUUCUAGGCAGCAGAGGGGAUACGAGAAUGGGAAAUCGACAGCUACUGGAAACAAAGAUGAGAAGCCUCGAAAGAACGCCAAUGGUCCCGGUUGCCAGGUGCGGGUCCACAGCCCCCCAGUGAAGAGCAGCUCAUCGUCCUCCUCCUCUUCCUCUUCAUCUUCAUCCUCAUCUAGCUCCUCAUCAGAGAAGAGGGUGCCACGGAGGACACAUCAACAGAUGGAGUCAUCUCAGCAGGAAAAACAGGAGAAGGCCAAUAGGAUAAUAUCAGAGGCUAUUGCCAAGGCCCGGCAACGAGGGGAGAAGAACAUCCCGCGAGUUAUGAGCCCAGAAAGCUUCCCCAGCUCUUCGGCUCAGUACAAGGCACACCGCGACCGGGAGCACAAGGGAAACGGCAAGGCUCGACUCAAAGAAAAGGCUUGUAGGAAGGCCUGCAUCAUUCCCUCCUCCAAGUCGAAGCAGAAGUCCAAGAUUGGGAAAAUUGUCAUCAAGUUUGGAAAAAGGAAAAAACGAAAGCCAGAUUCUUCAGAGGAGGAGUCAGAUGACGAUCCUCCCCCUCGACACACUUCUAAGGACGACUCUAAGAGACGAUCUAAUCGCCAAGUGAAGAGAAAGAAGUACGCCGAAGAGCUAGAGGCCAGGCUUUCAGAUGAGGAAGUCAAGGUUAUCGUCAAAGCUAAGAAAACCGGCGCUGCAGCAUCCAAGGAACCUGCUGUUCAGCUGUUUGUCGAGAAUCCCAGUGAAGAGGAUGCUGCCGUUGUUGACAAGAUCAUGUCUUCUCGUAUUGUGAAGAAAGAGGUUUCUCCAGGGGUGAUGAUUGAAGUGGAGGAAUUUUUUGUAAAAUACAAAAACUACUCCUACCUACACUGUGAGUGGGCCACGGAGCAACACCUGGAGAAGGACAAGAGGAUUCAGCAGAAGAUCAAACGCUUCAAGAUAAAACAAGCACAGAGGGCGCUCUUCUUUGCAGAUAUGGAGGAGGAACCUUUUAACCCUGACUACGUAGAGGUGGACAGAGUGCUGGAGGUAUCAUACUGCGAGGACAAAGACACAGGAGAGGAGGUGGUGUACUACCUGGUGAAGUGGUGCUCGCUGCCAUACGAGGACAGCACCUGGGAGCUGAAGGACGAUGUGGAUCAGAGCAAGAUUGAAGAGUUUGAGCAGCUGCAGACAGUCAAGCCAGACUCGCGCAGGAUGGAGCGGCCCCCAGCCAACCACUGGAAGAAGAGGGAACAGUCGAGGGAGUACAGGAAUGGCAACAUGCUCAGGGACUACCAGCUUGAGGGGGUCAACUGGCUUCUCUUCAACUGGUACAACAGACGCAACUGUAUCCUGGCAGACGAGAUGGGUCUGGGAAAGACCAUCCAGUCCAUCACAUUCCUGGAGGAGAUCUACCGUGUGGGCAUCAAGGGGCCCUUUCUCAUCAUCGCCCCACUCUCUACCAUUGCAAACUGGGAGCGCGAGUUCCGGACGUGGACUCACCUCAACAUCAUCGUCUACCAUGGAAGUAUGGUCAGCAGGCAGAUGCUCCAGCAGUAUGAGAUGUAUUUCAGGGAUGCACAGGGACGUGUGAUACGAGGUGCCUACAGGUUCCAGGCUGUUAUCACCACAUUUGAAAUGAUCCUCGGAGGCUGUCCUGAGCUCAACGCCAUAGAGUGGCGCUGUGUGAUUAUCGAUGAGGCCCAUCGUCUCAAGAACAAGAACUGCAAGCUGCUCGAGGGCUUCAAGCUCAUGAAUCUGGAACACAAGGUCCUGCUGACCGGUACACCUCUGCAAAACACUGUGGAGGAGCUUUUCAGCCUCCUCCACUUCCUGGAGCCGGCACGUUUCCCUUCUGAAAACACCUUCAUGCAGGAGUUUGGAGACCUCAAAACUGAGGAGCAGGUGCAGAAGCUUCAGGGCAUCCUGAAGCCCAUGAUGCUGCGUCGCCUGAAAGAGGAUGUGGAGAAGAAGCUGGCUCCUAAAGAGGAAACCAUCAUUGAGGUUGAGCUCACUAACAUCCAGAAGAAAUACUAUCGGGCCAUUCUUGAGAAGAACUUCUCUUUCCUGGCUAAAGGAGCAGGCCAGUCUAAUAUGCCCAACCUGGUCAACACCAUGAUGGAGCUCAGAAAAUGCUGCAAUCACCCCUACCUCAUCAAAGGGGCAGAAGAGAAGAUCCUCGAGGACUUUAGGGAAGUACACAGUCCUACUGCCAUUGACUUUCACCUGCAGGCGAUGGUGCAGUCUGCUGGGAAGUUGGUCCUUAUUGACAAAUUGCUGCCUAAGAUGAAGGCAGGAGGCCACAAGGUGCUCAUCUUCUCCCAGAUGGUGCGCUGUCUGGAUAUUUUGGAAGACUACCUCAUUCAGAGAAGGUACUUGUAUGAGCGGAUUGAUGGACGUGUUCGUGGAAACCUGCGACAGGCUGCUAUCGACCGCUUCAGUAAGCCCGACUCGGACCGCUUCGUUUUCCUCCUGUGCACAAGAGCUGGCGGCCUGGGAAUCAACCUCACGGCAGCAGACACCUGCAUCAUCUUUGACUCUGACUGGAACCCACAGAACGACCUGCAGGCCCAGGCUCGCUGCCACCGGAUCGGUCAGAACAAAGCAGUGAAGGUGUACCGACUGAUCACCAGGAACUCAUACGAGCGGGAAAUGUUCGAUCGCGCCAGCCUCAAGCUGGGUCUGGACAAAGCCGUGUUGCAGAGCAUGAGCGGCCGGGAUAACAGUCUGGGAGGAAGCACUGGGGGAGGGGCUGUGCAGCAGCAGUUAUCUAAGAAAGAGAUCGAGGAUCUGCUGCGACGUGGCGCCUAUGGGGCCAUCAUGGAUGAAGAGGAUGAAGGGGCCAAAUUCUGUGAGGAGGACAUCGACCAGAUCCUCCAGCGUAGGACAAAGACCAUUACCAUUGAGUCUGAGGGCAGAGGAUCCACUUUUGCUAAGGCCAGUUUUGUUGCAUCUGGAAACCGCACAGACAUUGCACUAGAUGACCCUAAUUUCUGGGACAAGUGGGCCAAAAAGGCUGACAUUGAUAUGGACAUGGCAAAUGGCAGAAACAGCUUGGUGAUCGACACGCCUCGUGUGAGAAAACAGACGAGACCGUUCAGCGCAACCAAGGACGAGUUGGCAGAGCUUUCAGAAGGUGAAAGUGACAGUGACGACACCAAACCUAAACUCAGACGAAACCAUGAUCGUCCGAACAGCUACGGUCGCACAGAGUGCUUCAGAGUGGAGAAGAACUUGCUUGUAUAUGGAUGGGGUCGUUGGAAAGAUAUUCUCAACCAUGGCCGUUUCAAAAAGCAGUUGACUGAGUGGGAUGUGGAGUCGAUCUGCAGGGCCCUGCUGGCUUACUGCCUGGUCCAUUACCGUGGCGAUGACAAAAUCAAGGGCUUCAUGUGGGAUCUCAUCGCCCCUGCUGAGGAUGGACAGACGAAGGAGCUGCAGAAUCACCUGGGCCUGUCAGCCCCAGUCCCUCGGGGCAGGAAGGGUAAGAAGAUGAAGACCCAGUCAAGCUCUUUUGACAUCCACAAAGCUGAGUGGCUUAGGAAACACAACCCCGAGCACAUGCUUCAGGAUGACGGCUACAAAAAGCACUUAAAACACCACUGCAACAAGGUACUGCUCAGGGUCAGAAUGCUCUACUACCUGAAACAAGAGGUGAUAGGAAGCCAGGCCCAGAAGGUGCUAGACGGCGUGGACUCCAGUGAGAUAAAGAUCUGGGUACCAGAUCCUGACCAUUCAGAGCUGCCGGCUCUGUGGUGGGAUGCGAUCUCUGACAAGUGUCUGUUGCUCGGUGUCUUCAAGCAUGGCUACGAGAAGUACAACACAAUUCGUGCAGAUCCUACUCUGUGCUUCUUAGAGCGUGUGGGACGACCGGAUGAGAAGGCCAUUGCCGCCGAGCAGAGAGGCAACGAUUUCAUGGAUGGGGAUGUCGAUGAUCCAGAGUACAAGCCUGCUCCAGCUCUUAUGAAGGACGACAUGGAGGACGACGCCUCUUCUCCUGGAGACUUGGUUGUCUCUGAUAAUGCCGGCGAUGCAGCUCCAGUGACAGAAGGCCAGACUUCCUACUGGCCUUCCCCAUCCGUGUUGACCGCCAGACUGAGGCGACUCAUCACAGCGUCCCAACGCUUUACCAAGAGCCGACAGAUUCUACACAUCCACCAGUCUCAGUCUCAGUCUCAGUCUCAGUCCCAGCAGACUAUGAUGCUUUCUGCUCCACUCUGCCCGCUACCCCCCACACUCAACGAUACACUAAACCCCAAGAUGGCUGCAAAGAUUGAACGCCAGCAAAGGUGGACCAGGCGGGAGGAGGCCGACUUCUACCGGGUUGUCUCCACUUUUGGAGUUGUUUUUGACCCAACCCUUGGCCGUUUUGACUGGACCAAGUUCAGGGCCAUGGCUCGACUGCACAAAAAAACUGAUGAGAGUUUGCAAAAAUAUCUGUGCGCCUUCACCGCCAUGUGUCGACGGGUGUGUCGCCUCCCAUCCAAAGAGGGAGACUCUGCAGUGGACACAUCACUUAACAUCCAACCCAUCACAGAGGAGCGAGCAUCUCGUACCCUUUACAGAGUAGAGUUACUUCGCCAAGUGAGAGAGCAAGUCCUUCGGCAUCCGCUGCUCUUCGAGCGCCUGUCGCUGUGUCAGAUGAGCUCUGACUUGCCUGUAUGGUGGGAGGCUGGUACUCAUGACCGUGACUUGCUAAUUGGUGCUGCAAAGCACGGCGUCAGUCGCACUGAUUACCACAUCCUGAGAGACCCUGAGCUCAGCUUCAUGGCUGCCCAGCGCAACUACAGCCAGACGAAAGCUGCACAGCAGCAGCAUUGCACAGCCACCCCACUCCUGCACCCUCAGUAUCAGGUGACCAGCUCAGGGUUGACAAGCUCUCCACUGCCCCCACCUACCCAGAGAGACGCAGAUCCCAGUAGCAUUGUCCCCAAAGUGGAACCAGCUUCAGAGGAGGAGAAUAAAGAGAGGCAGGGACAAAGAUGGAGCCCCCCACAAGCACCAGCCACUCCCACAGGGCUGGAAGAGAAGCCUGUUUCAGCAGCAAGGGACAGCGAGAGGCAGAUGGUGGCAGCAAGGACCAAACCGCUCACGCCCAACUCUUCAGACAGGAAACCCAAGAAGGCCAGCAAGAGGAGCCGCAGAGAGGCAAGGCGUGGCUCAGAGUCUGAUUCAGAUGGCUCAUCCUCAAGCUCUUCAUCACGCUCCUCUUCUUCGUCGUCAUCAUCUUCUUCCUCCUCAUCACAUUCCGGCUCCGGCUCCUCUUCCUCUUCAUCAUCUUGCUCCUCUGGCUCCUCUUCGUCCUCUUCAUCCUCCUCAUCCUCUUCUGAUGACAGUGACAGUGAGGGAGAAGAAGCGAAGAAGAAAGUGCCUGCAGCAACUAGUGUAAAGGGCUUCGACGAGGACAGCGUGGCAUCGCUGAGCACUACACAGGAUGAAACACAGGACACCCAUGUGGCCGAGAACGGCGUCGCCAACAACAUCUCUCAUCCUUUCCAGGGAGGAGGGUAUAUGUUGGCUGCAUCUUACUGGCCAAAGGAUCGUGUCAUCAUCAACCGUCUGGACAGCAUCUGCCAGGCUGUGCUCAAAGGCAAGUGGCCAGGCCCACGUCGGGUCUACGAGCCUGGAGGUGCUGUGGCCUCCUUCUACACCACCAAGCUACUGGACAACGCCAACAGCCUGUGCGAGGACCCCUCUGCCUCGCCACAGGGGUCAAAGGUGACCAAGCAUGUUGCAGAAAACAAGGAGUUCUCAGUAAAACUCAACGAUCAGGAGGGAGGUCUGAAGUUGACCUUCCAGAAACAGGGUCUACCCCUGAAGAGGCCCCUAGACUCUGAAGAAGGCCCCCAGGCCCAGCAGCAGUACCUGGCCCGGCUUCAUGAGCUGCAGAGUGCUUCGGACACGGGCCUGGCUGACAUCACCAAGCCUCAGACCAGCUUCCAGACUGUUACUCCAGGUCUUACUGGUCAGAUGAGGCUAAAUGGAGCACUGGACGGCCAGCCUGUGGUGAAGAAGCGAAGGGGGAGGAGGAAGAACGUGGAGGGAAUGGACCUGCUCUUCAUAAACAACAAUCGGGUACCUGCUGUUCCCAAUCAGGUUCCUCCGGGAUGGGGGGGUAUUGGCCAGGUGGGUCUGGCUGCAGCCCCUGCGCCCAGCUGCAGCCAGAGCUCUACUCAGGUCUCUGCAGACACUGAAAGCAGGGUCCCUGUUAUCAACCUCAAAGAUGGCACCCGGCUCGCAGGAGAUGACGCUCCCACGAGGAAAGACCUAGAACAAUGGCUGAAAGAGCACCCUGGCUUUGUGGCAGACACCGGAGCCUUUAUCCCAGGGGUAAAUAAGAUGCAAAUGCAGUUCCACUUCCAGGAUGGUCGGCCAAAGCAGAAAAGGCACCGCUGCAGGAACCCCAACAAGAUUGAUGUCAACAGCCUGACAGGAGAGGAGAGGGUCCAGAUCAUCAACAGGAGAAAUGCACGCAAGAUUGGUGGAGCCUUUGCUCCUCCUCUGAAAGACUUGUGCCGGUUCCUUCAGGAAAACCCAGAAUACGGAGUCCCACCUGAAUGGGCUGAUGUAGUAAAACAAUCGGGUUACCUCCCAGAGAGCAUGUUUGACCGGAUCCUGACAGGCCCCAUCGUUCCUGAAGAGGUGAGCCGGCGAGGACGUCGACCGAAGAAUCCCCUGGCAAAGGUAGCAGCAGCUGCAGCAGCCCCCAACCCAGCAGCUUCUGCACUGGGUUUGAACCCUCUGCUGGCUAACGGCCUCCUCUCUGGUAUGGACCUGACCAGUCUGCAGGCCUUUCAACAAAACCUUCAGAGUUUACAGUCCCUUCAGCUCACCGCAGGCCUGAUGGGACUGCCAUCUGAUGCCAGCAACCUGGCUGCAAGUAACUUAGCUGCUAUGUUUCCCAUGAUGCUGUCUGGUAUGGCUGGAUUGCCAAACCUCCUCGGGAUGAGCAACUUACUGGGGAAGACUGCUCAGGAAGCUGCUGGAGGUUCUGAAGAGAAGACAAAGGGAAUCAGCACCUCUGAAACGGGAGAGCCAUCUGCCUCUACAGCCCCCUCUCACACCUCAGACACCAAAGGAGAAAGGACAGAGGGCUCGAAUAUGACUCCUUCCUCCACUUCCAGCUCCGCUCCCUCUGCCACUGCUACACAAAGUGCUUCAGCUGCCUCUGCAGCCUCCAGUCACCCACUGUCUCUUAACCCCUUGUUACUCUCCAGUAUGCUUUACCCAGGGAUGCUUCUCACUCCAGGCCUUAACCUUCCUGUGUCUGCCUCACAGCCCCAGAGCUCAAACAGUGACUCUUCCACCCUUCAACCUGCUGCCCCUCCUCCCCAUCCGCCUGCCACCUCCCAGUCAUCACCACAGGAGGCAGAGUACCCACAGGCAGGGAAGGAUGGAGACGAGGACAACGAGGCACUAGAAGAGGCUUUGGAUGAAGAGGAAGAGGAGGAGGAGGAGGAGGAGGAAUCUGCAGAGCAAAAGGAAAACCGUGGUCACGAAGGUUCAGCGAAAGCUGAGUCAUCUUCAUCAGAGUCUGGGAGCUCAUCCUCAGACGAUUCAGACUCCAGUGAUGAGGACUGAUCCUAUGAAUAUAUAAUUAUAAAUUUAUUUAUGUAUGGCCUAGAAAUGUAAACAUAUAUUCACAUAUAUAUGGAUUUUCCAGCACUUAUGUUGCAAUUUCUUUACAUGUAAAUAUAAGAACUAACUACGAUGUUGUGUAAUAAAUGCUACAAAAACAAAACAAAAAAAUAAAUAAAAAAAGUAACAACUGACUUAAAAAGGAACUGAAAUAAACAGAUGUUUGUUCACAAGGUACAGUCUUGUUUUGAGACAUUUUGCAUGUCAGACUUUAGUAGAUUUCUGAAUUCUGUGAACUUGUACCACACAAUUAUGUACAAUUGCAACGAAAAAGGCAUUAUUGUAAUUAUGUCGGGAUUAAUUUUAUUAAAAAAGUGAAACCACAUCAA